AUGGCAGCUCCGCCGCCGCCACCCGCCGAGCUGGAGCCUCCUCUGGGGCCGGUGGUGGUGAGCCACGUGAACGCCGGCGUGGAGUUCAUCGACGACCUGGCCAGCGACGACGAGCGCGAUGAGCUCGUGGAGCAGCUGAAUCUGCACGGCAACUCGAUCCAGUGCAUGGACGGCCUCGAGGCCUUCACGGGCCUCAUGCUGCCGAGACUGGAGUUGCUGGACGAAGAGGAAGUAGAGUUCUUGAAGGAGAUGGGGAGUCUGCACAUGCCAAAGUACCGCUCACUCAUGCGGCGAAUUGCCGAGAAUAAGCGCAACGAACAGCAUCCAAGGAGAAGCCCUCAAAGCAUGAAGCAACUGCCAGCUACUCCGGAACACCACGGACGCGACGGAGCACGACAUCCGAGCAAUCAACUCCACCAUGGCCAGUUCCGUGCGUCACCUCCAAGGAUUCAGACUGAUUUUGGUGUGACUGGCGAACCGAAGAAAGCACCAACGCUCUCUCCUCCUGGAAACCAAUCACUUGAGCCAACUCAGGACGACCGGCUCGUCGUGAAGGAUAGCGGCACCAACACCGACGUGGAUCUGGAGAAAGAUGUCCUCAAACGCGAGCAGGCUGUCGCUGCCAAAGAAACCGAGUUUCUCGAAAAGGAGAAGUCUUUCCUCUUCAAGGAGAACGAGUUCUACACCAAGGAACAGCGGUUCAAGUCGCAGAUUGCCGAUCUCCAGGAACAACUGAGCGCUGCUGAGUCUCGAGCGGUCAAAGCUGAAGCGACUGUGCUGGAAAUGUCCAACCACCUGAUGCAGAAAGAAAAGGAUCAAGCGGCUGCGACUGCUGCAUCCGACGAAUCGGCCCACGCCAUCCAGCAGUCCCAAAGUGACCAGCAGAGCGAGUGGGAGGCCAAGAUUUCAACACUAGAGUCUUCGCACCAGAGCGAAUUGGAGAAGCUCAACACCGACAAGGCCGAUCUACUGAAAAGAAUCACUUCGUUGGAGACAGACGCCGCUACUAAUACCCAGAAACUCCAUGAAGCUGAGCAGCUAUUGCAGCAGAAGUUGAUCGCACUGGAGAAAAGUGAGACCAAGGAGGAUGAAGCAGUUGGAGAGCUGGAGCUUGCUCGCAAAACCCAUGAAGCAAUUGUCACUCAGCUAUCCGAUGAGGUAAAGUACCACAAAGACCACUCGGAACAAGCUGAUAAGCGGAAUACUCAGUUGGAGAGGCAAGUCGCGGAGCUGAAAGCCAACGUCGAGACCGUGUACAACAAAUGCAUCGAGAAGGAUGACGCGAUUCAACAGCUGAAGAAGAAUCUAUCCGCUAGACAGGACGAGAUUGAGACGCUGAGGUUGCAACACGUGAAAGAUUCCGAGCGCCAAGACAAACUGCAGCAGCAACAGCAGGAUCUGUACGAAAGACAGCUGCAAGCUUCCAUCAUCCAGGUGGAGAUGGAGUUUCGCAAGGAGUAUCAACAAUCAGUGCAGAAGUUUCAGCUGUUGCAGCGCAAGAACCAGGAGCGGUUAAAGGAUGUCAAGAGGGUCCGGGAGGCGUAUCAAGCUAGUCUCCAGCGUGAGGCUGCGGCCAAGGCAGAGGUCGACAAACUCCAGGCAAUACUCGCAGACGACAAGCAGAAGCUUUUCGUGGAAGAUGCCAAGCGCUCGGACGCCUUCAAAGCUGAGAUUCGUGCGGAGAGAGCGAAGCGCAAAGAUCUGGAGCGAAAGCUCGUUGAAGAGCAGCAGAAGAAUGCUCAAGUGGCUACAUUGCAGGCAGAGCUCGAUGAGAGACAUGUUGAAAACUGCAAGCUUCGGGAGGAGGUUAAAGUGUGUGGAGAACAACAGGAGUCCUGGAAGAAGCUGGAGGACGAUCUACGAGCUGCGCUGAAAGUAAAGGACGUCAUGCUCGCGGACCAGCUACGGCAGAUUCAGGAGCUGAGCAGCGAACGGCAACAAACCGAAGCGCAAUUCAAUAACGAAAUGAACGAAUACCAGACACAAAUCGAAGACUUGGAAGCCGCGCUCGACGAGAGUCUUCAGAAGGCUGCAGAGGAGGAAGUGAAGGCGGAGGCGCUGAGUACCAAGCUCGCAGCGUUGGAGAAGGAGGCGCCAAAGAAGGACGAGGAGCUGAGCUCCCUUCGAGCUGAGCUGGAGCAGAAAGUGUCGGCGUUGGAGUUUCUUGAUCAGGAGAUGCAGCGCAUGAGAACAGUUCUCGAAAAGCAGGACGAGCUGUUCCAGAAGCGCAUGCAGAAACACCUCGAGCAGCAACGUGAAGAGGUGGAACGUGUCCGGGUUGGAGCAGAGGAGGAGAGGGAGCAUCAGCUCCACGGAUGGGAGGCUGAGCGUGGUGGAAUGAUGCACAAGUACGAGAUGCUGGCUACCGAGAUGGAAAGCGUAGCGGCACAGAACGGCAAGUUGCGGGCGGCUCUGGACCAAGAGCGCCGCAAAAAUGCCCAAAACGACCGGGAUAUGCGGAUUUUGCUGGCACAGAUCGACCGCGAGCGUCAAUCCAAGAAAGAAAACCUGCGGCAGAUCAAGUCUCUAUUCGAGCAGUUGCAGAGAGAAGCGUCGUAG